AUGUGGCCCAACAUCAGUGCUGCCCCCUUUGUGCUGACUGGCUUCCCAGGUCUGGAGGCAGCUCAUCCCUGGUUCUCCAUCCCCCUGCUGGUGGUCUACAGCUCGGUGCUUCUCGGCAACGGCUCUCUCCUCUCCCUCAUCAGGGCGGAGCGCAGUCUCCACCAACCCAUGUACUAUUUCCUGGCCAUGCUGGCCGGCACGGACCUGACCGUGACACUGGCCACGAUGCCGACUGUCCUGGGUGUCCUGUGGCUGAAUCAGCGAGAGAUAAGCCACGGAGCCUGCUUCCUGCAGGCCUACUGCAUUCACUCCCUUUCCAUCGUCGAGUCGGGCAUCCUGCUCGCCAUGGCCUGUGACCGUUUCAUUGCCAUCUGCAUCCCUCUGCGGUACAGCUCCAUUCUUACCAAAUCCCGGGUGGUGAAGGUAGGCCUAGGGGUACUGAUGAGGGGCUUUGUGUCCCUCGUGCCCCCUAUUCUGCCCCUCUAUUGGUUCCCAUAUUGCCACUCCCACGUCCUUUCCCACGCCUUUUGCCUCCACCAAGAUGUCAUGAAACUCGCCUGUGCUGAUAUUACUUUUAAUCGUGUGUACCCCGUUAUUCUGGUUGCUCUGACUUUCUUCCUGGAUGCUCUGAUUAUCCUUGUCUCUUACAUCCUCAUCCUUAAGACUGUGAUGGGCAUCGCCUCUGGAGGGGAGAGAGCCAAGGCGCUCCACACGUGUGUCUCCCACGUCAGCUGCGCCCUAGUCUUUGCCCCGCAUGCAGUGCACAUGACCAUGAGCUACGUCUACUUCCUCUUUCCUCCGUUCAUGAACCCCCUGAUAUACAGCGUCAAGACCAAGCAGAUUCAGAGGCGCAUCAUUCGCCUCUUUUUUGUGCGCGGUAGGGCUUGA